GAGAGAGAGAGAGAGAGAGAGAGAGAGAGAGGAAGAGAGAGAAACAAACAACUGUCCAGAGCCAUCAGCAUUCAGCAGAGCGUCCAUCAACUCUCUCUCUCUCUCUAACUUACUUGGCUUUCUCUCUAGAGCCUUUUCUUCUUCUCCCAUGGCGGCGGCUAUAAGCGUUCCGGCUAGAAUGUCGCUCCCCAAAGCCGAGAGGACCUCCGAUUCUCUGGCCUCCUCCAAGAGCAUCACUGAUUUUCUCGCCUUCCAAACAAGAUCCGCCGGGAAUAAAUUUUCUAGGAAAAACGGUUUCAGUAUCAGAUCGAUGGCGAUCGCCGAGGAGAGACACAAAGGCCAGCUCAACUCCUCCAAUGGCCUUGUUGGUACCACUGAGAAGCUGAACUCUUCGUUUGAGCAGCAGUCUAGCGAUUACCCUCUGGGCCAGGCAAGAGUGACUGCGAACAGUCGGAGAAAAACUAAGAUAGUAUGCACUAUCGGUCCCUCCACGAACACACGCGAGAUGAUUUGGAAGUUGGCAGAAGCUGGAAUGAAUGUGGCGCGUUUGAAUAUGUCACAUGGGGACCACGCAUCGCACCAGAAAACCAUUGAUCUUGUUAAAGAAUACAACUCGCAGUUUGACGACAAGGUCGUGGCCAUAAUGUUGGACACCAAGGGUCCUGAGGUUAGAAGUGGAGAUGUACCUCAACCAUUACUGCUUAAGGAGGGACAAGAAUUCAAUUUCACAAUCAAAAGAGGAGUCAGCACAGAAGACACCGUUAGUGUAAAUUAUGAUGACUUUGUGAAUGAUGUGGAGGUUGGAGACAUCCUGCUGGUUGAUGGUGGAAUGAUGUCUUUGGAAGUUCAGUCAAAGACAAAUUAUUUAGUUAAAUGUGUAGUAGUUGAUGGCGGAGAACUAAAAUCAAGGCGCCAUUUAAAUGUCCGUGGCAAGAGUGCAAAUCUACCUUCAAUAACAGAUAAAGACUGGGAGGAUAUCAAGUUUGGAGUAGACAACCAAGUUGAUUUCUACGCUGUCUCUUUUGUGAAAGAUGCUAGAGUGGUUCAUGAGCUGAAAGAUUAUCUUAAAAGUUGCAAUGCGGACAUUCAUGUGACUGUAAAAAUUGAAAGCGCAGACUCUAUACCGAAUAUUCAGUCUAUAAUUUCAGCAUCUGAUGGGGCUAUGGUGGCUCGUGGGGACCUUGGAGCUGAACUUCCAAUUGAGGAUGUUCCUCUAUUGCAGGAGGAAAUCAUUAGAAGAUGUCAUAGGAUGCAGAAACCAGUCAUUGUAGCAACAAACAUGCUGGAGAGCAUGAUCAGCCAUCCUAUGCCAACAAGGGCAGAAGUAUCCGACAUCGCGAUCGCAGUACGAGAAGGCGCCGAUGCAGUCAUGCUUUCGGGAGAAACUGCUCAUGGAAAGUUUCCUUUGAAAGCUGUGAAAGUAAUGCAUACUGUAGCAUUGAGGACUGAGUCAAGCCUACCAAUUACCACUGCUCCUCCUGAUCAGUUGAGUGCAUACAAGAGCCAUAUGGGAGAAAUGUUUGCAUUCCAUUCCACAACAAUGGCAAACACUCUUAAUACUCCAAUUAUUGUUUUCACAAGAACAGGAUCCAUGGCUGUACUUUUAAGUCAUUAUCGACCUUCCUCAACAAUCUUUGCCUUCACAAACGAAGAGAGGAUUAAGCAAAGGCUGGUGCUUUAUCACGGCGUCCUUCCAAUAUACAUGGAGUUCUCAAAUGAUGCAGAAGAGACAUUCUCAAGGGCACUCAAGCUAUUGCUGGAUAGGGGUCACCUAAAAGAGGGAGAGCACGUUACCCUUGUCCAAAGUGGUGCACAACCGAUUUGGCGUCAAGAAUCUACUCAUCACAUUCAAGUGCGCAAGGUCCAGAGUUGAUUUUGCACUCGACGAGUUUUUCUUUUUCCUAUAAAGAAAUUAGUUCGUUUUAGUCAAGUCUGUUUCAUAUUUUUUGGAUUGUUUGAAUAAUUGUUUGCCAAGUUUGACCUAUAAGAUUACUCUGAUAACGUUGAAAACCUCUUGAUGUCUUUAGUGGAAGCUUUCUAAUUUAUAGAGAUUAUUUUUUUGUUGA